AUACCCUAGUAAUGUUAGUCCCUCCUUCUCAGCUCAGCUCGGACGAAAGUCUGCACAUUAAACCCGAUACAGUGCUGAGUUUCAAGCGAUAGUGGCAAUAAAAGUAUGACUAUUAUAGUCUAACACAGUGGGGCAAGACGUUCAGGGAGGGUCUGUUUUGUGUUUUUUUCCAGUGCCAGGCAACGUCUGCUGUUCUUCCGCAGUUUCCCUGCAAUCUUUGGAUCCCGUGCGGUAAAAAAUAUAUAUAUAAAUACACUGUACGUCGCAUUUCAUCAUGUAUCAGCUUAUAAGGAAAUUCGUGUUCACCGAGUCGCAUUGUUUGGAGGAGGACAACACGAAAAGUUUCGCGGAGUUGUUUGAGAAGUUGGAUGCUAAUAAAGAUGGGAAAGUGGAUGUUUCUGAGCUCAAGACGGGCCUGGCUGCUAUGGGCUUCUCUAUGGGGAAAGGCGAAGCGCAGAAAAUUUUUGCCUCUGGAGACACUGAUAAGGAUGAAGGGCUGGACUUUGAGGAGUUUUCAAAGUAUCUGAAAGAACAUGAGAAAAAACUCAGACUGACCUUCAAGAGUCUGGACAAAAAUCAAGAUGGUAGCAUCGAUGCCAAAGAGAUCCAGCAGUCACUUAAAGAAAUAGGCAUAAACUUGACAGAUAAAGAUGCAGAGAAAAUCCUCCACAGUAUUGAUGCGGAUGGAACUAUGACUGUGGAUUGGAAUGAAUGGAGGGAGCAUUUCCUCUUCAACCCAGCAGAUAACCUUCAGGAAAUCAUUCGUUAUUGGAAACACUCCACUGUGUUGGAUAUAGGUGACAGUCUGACUAUUCCAGAUGAGUUCACCGAGGAGGAAAAGACCACUGGCAUCUGGUGGAGGCAGCUGGUUGCUGGGGGCGUGGCAGGGGCGGUCUCUAGAACCGGCACUGCCCCCCUGGACAGAAUGAAAGUCUUCAUGCAGGUUCAUUCCUCAAAAACCAACAAAAUCAGUCUGGCGGGCGGGUUCAAGCAGAUGAUUAAAGAAGGGGGCGUGGCCUCUCUGUGGCGGGGUAAUGGAGUCAACGUCAUAAAAAUCGCUCCAGAAACUGCAAUCAAAUUCAUGGCGUACGAGCAGUAUAAGAAGCUGCUGGCCAAAGACGGUGGGAAAAUCCAGUCACAUGAGAGGUUCAUGGCUGGCUCUCUGGCUGGCGCAACUGCUCAAACAGCCAUCUACCCAAUGGAGGUAAUGAAGACCAGACUUACUCUGAGGAAGACUGGCCAGUAUUCUGGGAUGUUUGACUGUGCCAAGAAGAUACUGAAGAAGGAGGGAGUGAAGGCCUUUUAUAAAGGCUAUGUGCCCAAUAUCCUGGGAAUUAUUCCGUAUGCUGGAAUAGAUUUAGCAGUGUAUGAGACGCUGAAGAACGCUUGGUUGUCUCGCUAUGCUAAAGACACUGCUAACCCAGGAGUCCUGGUUCUUCUUGGCUGUGGGACUAUUUCCAGCACAUGUGGCCAGCUAGCCAGUUACCCCCUCGCCCUGGUCCGCACACGCAUGCAGGCCCAGGCAUCAAUGGAGGGAUCAGAGCAGGUGUCCAUGUCCAAGUUAGUGAAGAAGAUCAUGCAGAAAGAAGGCUUUUUCGGGCUUUACCGUGGGAUCCUGCCCAACUUUAUGAAAGUGAUCCCAGCUGUGAGCAUCAGCUAUGUGGUGUAUGAGUACAUGAGGUCUGGAUUAGGCAUCUCAAAAUGAUCAGUGUCUUGCGUGUUUUUACAACGCACAAAUUUUAACCACCUUUCUUUGAAAACACCCUCCAUGAUGGGACAAAAUGUUUUGUUCAGUAACCAAAGUGUUUCUAAUAUCAACUCUGGGAAAAAGCCAUGAUGGCAUCUUGCAUUAAGGCUGGGGCCCAACCUAAUCAUGUUUACACUGAUAUAUAACUGUACAUUUAUAUAUAAUUGAAGAAAUUUCUAAAUGUUCUACAUUCGUCCCUGACCAAAGCCAUUGUGAGCCAGUGCACUAUAAUGUUAUACAGUAUCAGUCUGUUUUACAGAUAGAUAGAUAGAUAGACAUGAAAAUCUGCCUUUUUGUGUAAAGUAAUUUUACCUAAAUAUACAAAGUAUAAUUUUAAGUGAAUUAGGUUGGUUAGGUUGGGCCGUAGUCAAGUCUUUACAUGCUGCAGUCAGUACUGUUUGUAUAUGUUCUGUGAAAAAUGCUGAAUACACACAGUAAAAUGAUGCAAAAUUGGAACCCGCAUUAUGACAUAAAGAGCUAAAUGUGCCUUAUAUCAUUUGUUCGAUCUCUGUGUGGGUUCCUUUCCAUCUCAGCUAUACAUUGGAAAUAUAGUUUGAACUUGUGUUGCCUUUAUCCCCUAAGUUUGCUUAUUUUAGAAACUCUUGUUUAUAUUAAAGGUUGUAUUUUAA